UCGCUCGAUGACUCAGUUAUUGGUCUGUGUGGACGGCGCGGGGAGAGGUGGCUGCUAACUGGGCCCUCCCUGUGCCCCCAGCUGCCCUGCUUCUGGGUGAGGAGCCCCUGGACCCCAAAUGUUUCACGCGCUGCCUGGAGGACCUGACCUGCUUCUGGGAGAGCAGCAGCCCCCCGAGCGCCACGGAAUACGGCUUCUUCUACGUCGUGGAGGGGGACGCCCCACAGCGCUGCAACGUGAGCGUGGCCCGGACGCCCUGGAACAGCACCCGCUUCAGCUGCGUCUUCCCCCCCCAGGACACCCCGUCCUUCACCCCCCUGCGCGUCGGCGCAUACGUCGGCAACAGCAGCAACGUUGUCCACGCCCGCACCAUCAUGAUCAACCAAGUGGUUCUCCUGGAGCCUCCAACCAACCUGACGGCGCGCGCGACCGAGAGCCCGGGGCAGCUGGCGGUGAGCUGGCAGCCGCCCGGCCUGCGCUACCUGGAGAGCAGCCUGCGCUACGAGGUGGCCUUCGCCCCCGAGGGCGCCGAGCGCCAGACGAUCUGGACCCCCUGAUCCUGUCGCUGUCUCUCAUCCUGUUGCUCAUCGUGGUGCUCCUGGCCCUCUUUGCCCUGCUCACCCACCGCAGGUUUUUGAAGAAGAAGCUGUGGCCGGUGAUUCCCAGCCCGGAGCACAAAUUCGAGGGGCUUUUCACCCUCUACAAGGGGAACUUCCAGCUCUGGCUGGGACAAAGAAAUGCCUACCUGUGGUGGAGCGCGAACCCUGGCUAUUUGGAGGAGCAGCCCACCAUGCUGGAAGUGCUGUCCGAGGGCCGCGAAUCCAAGGCGGAGGGGCCGGUGCCCCCUCUGCCCCCCAAAGCCCAUGGCUCGGUCCCGCCCGCCCGCCCUGAGCCGCCCGUGGAGCCCCAGGAUGACUACCUGGUGCUGGAUGAACAGCUGAUGCCAUGCAGCCUGGGCAAGGACUCUCUGCUCCUGCCGGAUGCCCGGAGCAGUGCAAGCUCUGAAGCCCCCCCUGCCAUGGGGCAGGAGCUGGGCCCCCCGGGGGCGACACCGGAGCCCGUCCUGGAGGAGCGGGUCUCGUCCUCCUCCAGCUUCGAGUACACCAUCUUCGACCCCAGUUCGGAGCUGCUGGCACCCUGUGGGCACCAGCGCCCGCUCAAAUACAGCUACCUGCUGGUGUCCGACUCCGGGAUCUCCGCUGACUACAGCCCCCUGGGCACCAGCACCCACCAGCCCAACCUCUACACCAACCUGUGCCAGGAGGAGUGCCAGGCCCAGCCCUUCCCAGCCAGCUACGUGGUGUGCUCAUAGUGCCGGCGGACGGGCACGGGACUCCGGGCCUGGAGAACGGAGAUGGAACCCCAUGUGGACCCCGUCCCAGCAGGACGAAGAAGAGAUCCCGUCCCAGCAGGACGUUGAG